UUGGUUCCGUUCAUCAUCGAUCUAUCCCGUGCCCGUGGAACAUUGAAGAAUCAAGAUCAGAUCAAACUAAUAAAAGAAAAGAAAAGAAAAUAUCUUCAAAUCAUUAGUUUCGUUUCAUUUCAUUCCUCCUCUUUCUCUAUACUAUUUACAUUUCAAGUAAAAAACAAAAAAAAGUUGAAGGAAAGCCAAAACUAGAUUAGAUUAGAACCAAACCAACAACAAAUCAUCUAUCUAUCUCGCGCAGAUCCAUUUCCCUUCACUUUCCCGGGAGAAAAAGAAACCUCCGUUUCGCGAGAAACCCCGUCCGUACAUGGUCUGUUCACGCGGAUCGGGUUGAUUGACCACCACCACCACCACCACCACCACCACCAUCGCGCGUGAGAUGCACACCGCGAGCAGGAGCAACGGCGGCGGCGUGCUGGCGUCGCGGACGAGUUCGCGGUCGGUGACGGAGACGGUGAACGGGUCGCACAAGUUCGUGAUAAAGGGAUACUCCCUGGCGAAGGGGAUCGGAGUGGGGAAACACAUCGCCAGCGAGACGUUCACGGUGGGAGGGUACCAGUGGGCGAUAUACUUCUACCCGGACGGCAAGAACCCCGAGGACAACUCCGCCUACGUCUCCGUCUUCAUCGCCCUCGCCUCCGAGGGCACCGACGUCCGCGCUCUGUUCGAGCUCACGCUGCUCGACCAGAGCGGGAAUGGUAAGCACAAGGUUCACAGCCACUUCGAUCGCUCGCUCGAGAGCGGGCCCUACACUCUCAAGUAUCGCGGCAGCAUGUGGGGGUAUAAGAGAUUUUUCAAACGGGCUCAACUUGAGGCGUCAACUUUCCUCAAAGACGACUGCUUGAAGAUAAACUGCACUGUUGGUGUUGUGGUGUCGUCCAUUGAUUGUUCCAAGUUAAACACAAUACAGGUUCCCGAGUCUGAUAUUGGGGCACAUUUCGGGAUGCUGUUAGAGAAUGAGGAGGGAUCAGAUGUUACUUUCUCUGUCGGUGGAGAAAGGUUUCAUGCACAUAAGCUUGUUUUGGCAGCUCGGUCAACUGCAUUUGAAACUGAGUUUUUCAAUGGGAUGGAGGAGGAUGAUCAUGACAUAGUUGUUACUGACAUGGAACCAAAGGUUUUCAAGGCUUUGCUUCAUUUUAUUUAUAGAGACACUCUAAUAGAUGAUGAAGAGCUCUUUAUGUCACGUUCAUCAUUCUUGCCUUCGGUUUCUGAAUCAUUUGCAGCAAAGUUGUUAGCUGCUGCAGAAAAGUAUGGUUUGCCAAGACUUAAGCUGAUGUGUGAGUCUGUACUUUGCAAAGACAUCUCUAUAGAUUCUGUUGCCUAUAUUCUGGCUCUUGCUGAUCGUUAUCGUGCAACAGAAUUGAAGUCUGUCUGUCUACAAUUUUCUGCUGAAAACCUUGUCGCUGUGAUGCAAUCUGAUGGUUUUGAGUAUCUUAAGGAAAAUUGUCCCUUGCUGCAAUCAGAACUGCUAAAGACUGUGGCUGGAUGCGAGGAGGAAUUUAGUGGAGAAGGAAAGUGUCGAAGUGUGUGGGCUCAAUUUUCUGAUGGUGGUGACACCAAUGAUAGGAGUGUAAGACAACAAACCUGGGAAAAUGGUGUUGAAAGAAGUCAAAGCUUAUGGGUUCACCUUUCGGAUGGUGUUAACAACAAUGAUAGGAGUCCAGGGCAAGAAGCCUGACAAGGUAAGGGAUUCCGUUGGGAGAAGUUAACGUGUCAUUUGUACAGGACCAACCUGCAGGGAUUCCUCCAUUGCAUGCAGUGUUGUUUUUCUUUUCUUUUAACGGGGGAUAGUGGUUGACUGGUUGCGAAUAGUAGAUUCAUCUUGUAACGUUAGUGAUGUAUCUUUUAACAUCAAUGAAUGCUAGCAAGUUAACAAAAUGAGAUGAAGUGACAAAACAAAAGUUCUUGGUUACCUUUGGUUGUAUCUCUAGAUCUUUUCUCUUUUAGGGUUGGAGGUUGCACACCCCGUUUGCUGAACACAGGACAACUCAUUUAUGAUUGCUGUAGCUUUACACCGUGGGAAUUUUCAUCCUUGUGAAUUGUGAAACCUAUGGAUCAAAUUAGACUUGUAUAUAGCCAUUAAACCAUCAAUAUAAUGUGGCUUUAUCUACCCAAUAGUUAAACUAUAAUUGUAUGAGUUUAGUUAUUAUUAUCAA